UUUACAUACUAAUAUAAUUUGAUAAUUACAUUGAAUAACAGAAAUAAAAAAAAAUGGAUUCUCUUAGAAGCAAUGAUAGUAACAUAAAAGAAAAUUCCGGCUAUGAAAGAAGACCCCAUAGUCUUAUUGAAAUGCGAUUAGGUAGCGAUUAUGACUCCGUUGAAGAGUUAGUACCAUUUGAGCGAUACCUUCACUGGGCAUUGUCGAUGUUGAAAGAAAGAGGCGGUGCUAAAAAUUCCGACCCAACAGAAGCGUGGUUGAGUUUUAUUUUCAGUAAUCGCCACAAGCCUGUUAUGUACGAUUUUAUCAGAUUAUAUGUGUUUUCGUUGCAUCUACGUUACAGAGUCAGGCCCUUUGAUGCAAUUCCAACUGAUGCUUUCUUAAAGCAACGACGGUUCGAUGUAGAAAAUGCCGGCAAAAUUUUAAUCUCUAGACAUAAUGAGCUAGAACAAAAGAUGAGAUUAGACAAAGACUUUGCAAACCAGAUACAAAAGAGAGACAAGUUUUACUCAAAAGUCACGAAACCUGAAGUUGCAAAAACCUUCGAACCAAAAAGAUGUUACCCCAACAUAAAAAUUUCCAAUAACAAAGCUGAACAUACUAAAGAGUAUUUCGCCACGCAAGAGAUUCCUGGGUUCGGAAGGCAUUGCUGGUACACUAUUUCUGAUGAUACGGAUCCUUAUCAUUACGACAUCCCUUCAAAUGCAAGAAAUCGCAAAGAUUUUUUAGGUCGCUUAGCUGACCAUAUUAACCAAAUCGAAAUCCGGAAAAAAAGACCUAUCACCGUACGUGACAUACAAAGAUUCAGGCUUACAACGCGAGAUUGGUGGACUUGGAGUGAUCCUAAUCAGACUUUUGCUUCUAAGAGACCAUUCCAGUGGUACCGAAAAAGCAAUCUUAUGAAAAGGGACGGCUGCAGAUUGGACAAAGAAUUCAUUAAACAAGUUGUGCAGGAUGACUAUAAAAAAGCAACUACAAAGAAAUCACUAGGACCCGUAUCCAAGCGAGUACUUCGUAGUUUUCUUGGUACAGAUGAAGAUGAUUCGAUACCAAAUGUGAUAACUACAAGGAGGAAAUCUAGCAAAAAGAAGUCUAGUACAGACCUCAAUAACGCAGAAAAUAAGGCCUUACUCGCCAAAUGGCUUGCUGGCCUCGGUCUAUCAAUGGAACAAGAUAUUUCAGAAACAAGAGAUCAAGAUUUCUCUCCUAGUUCAUCAUUUCAGAGUACACCAUCAUCAAGUAAGAGGAAGAAAAGGUCAGCCCCAUGUAGACGAAGUACAAAAUCAUCCAAAAGUCCAAGAAAGCGUAAAUCAAAGUCUUCCAGAAGAUCAUCGAAAUCACCACGACCCAGCAGACGUGUCAUAAAGUCAUCAUGUGCAAAGAGACGUAAAUCCUCACCAUGUGGGAAGAAGCGUACAUCUUCACCAUGUGCAAGCAAGAGCACACUACCAACAUGUUCAAGGAAAAGAACAAAGUCACCAUGUGAGAAGAAGCGUACAUCUUCACCAUGUGCAAGCAAGAGCACACUACCAACAUGUUCAAGGAAAAGAACAAAGUCACCAUGUGAGAAGAAGCGUACAUCGUCACCAUGCCCAAGCAAGAGCACACUACCAACAUGUUCAAGGAAAAGAACAAAGUCACCAUGUGAGAAGAAGCGUACAUCGUCACCAUGCCCAAGCAAGAGCACACUACCAACAUGUUCAAGGAAAAGAACAAAGUCACCAUGUCCAUGGGACAGAACUCCAAUACCAUCAGCAGAAUCGUCAUCGGAAUCACUACGUCUCAGGAGCCGUUACGUAGCGUCAUCGUGUGCAAAGAUGCGUAUGUCGUCACCAUGUGAGAAGAAGCGUACAUCAUCACCAUGUCCAAGAAAAAUUACACCUUCACAAUCUCCAAGGAAGAGCACUCAAUUACCAUGUCCAAGGAGGAGAACAUUGUCACCAUGCCCAAGCAAGAGCACACUUCCAACAUGUUCAAGGGAAAGAACAACGUCACCAAGUCCAUGUAACAGAACAUCAAUAUCAUCUAUAAGAUCGUCAUCGGACACCAUACGUCCCAGGAGCUGUUUCGUAGCGUCAUCAUGUGCAAAUAUGAGUAUGUCGUCACAAUCUGGAAAGAGGCGUACAUCGUCACUAUGUCCAAGAAGAAUUACGCCUUCACAAUCUCCAAGGAAGAGCAGUCAAUUACCAUGUCCAAAGAUGGAAACAUCGUCACCAUGUCCCAGGAGAAGCAGUACACCAGUUUUUGAUACUGAAUCAAAAAUCUAUACCGAAGAUGAUACAUUUGCAAGAGAAAUUACUGAGAGAAUUGGGGAUCCACUUGGCCCAACUGAAAUGGUUAAUGCUGCUAUAGGCGGAUGGUUAGAUCAGUUAGAGUCUUCGUUGCAGGAUCAACAACCUACACAAGAAGAUUUCCGAUCAAGCAAGUCUCCUACGGGACCACGCUUUUCUCUUCCGGAUAACUUUGGACGCCAAUCUAUGAGACUUGGAGGGACUUUCAGUGAAUCUCCAUCCCCUUCUGGUAUAGAAAAAGGAUUUUUUCAACAGGGUGAAGCAUUUAGUUCUGAAUCACGGAGUGAAAGAGUAGAAGAUGAUACCUACCCGGAUGUUAUAGAAUCUGAACAGGAUUUUGCAGAUGAAAUGGCACAGUUUGAAGCUCAAAUAGGUGCUGGAUGGUCGGAUAAGAGUGAUAGUUCUCUGGACUUUGAAAAUGCUCAAGAGCUAUCGUUUGCUGACCAAUUUUUACUCCCUACUGCAGAUAUCCAAUUCGAUGAAGCUGCUCAAGAAUCAGCUAAUCCAUUCGGCGGAUAUGAUGAUUCAGACGAUGAUUGGGUUGCGCCUCCAGAAAUCGUUCCUUGUGAAGCUGAACAAGUCGUUCCUUUACCGAUGACGGAUCCAGAAUCUGAAAAUAGGAGAGCUGGGAAACUUUUCUUACCACAGCCACAGCAGGCGGAAGUUGCGACAGAUCUUGAAAGAAUCAGUUGGCCAGAUCGGACGCAUCUUUAUGAUAUCAAUACAGAUUUUCCAGAAACUGAUAGGCCAUUCGACUUCUUGGAUUAUGACCAGAUAAGGAAUAUAGAAGAUAUGCAAGGUACUUGUGAAGAAAUGCCUGAGGAAGAUGAAAGGUGGUUAAACUUGGCUGAUAUAGCGGAUCAACUCGGACAAAAGUGACACCACAAAAUCUAAUAUGAAUAAAAACAUGUCCAAGAUUUAUUUUUUUAAAUUUCAAUCUUA